UCGACCUUUCCACAAUCACUCGCUCUCUUCUUCUUCCUCGAUAUCAAAAUACCGACUGUAAUUAUUCUCGGGGAGGAAGAGGAGGAAUUGCCAAGAUGCCGUCCUCUCUCGUAACAUCCUUCGUGGCCGCCCUCCAAGCCUCCCUCUCCGUUCUCCUCGUCAUAUCCUACGGCGGCAUCGCAGCGCGCCUCGGCCUUCUAGACGGCAAGAAUGGUAAAGCUAUCAGCAAGAUAUGCGUCAAAAUGUUUCUUCCAGCACUUCUUCUGGUCAAACUCGGCUCUGAAAUGCAUCCCGGCUCCGCACACCGGUAUCUUAUCAUCCUGAUCUGGGCGUUCAUCUGCCAUAUUAUCUCCUUCCUCAUCGGCAUCGGUGCGCACGCAGUUUUCAAAAUGCCAGACUGGAUUACGUGUGCGAUUAUGUUUAACAACACGACGAGUUAUCCGCUGUUGUUAAUACAGAGUCUAGACGAGACGGGCAUUUUAACCGUGUUGAAGGUUCAGGAUGAGAGUACGAAGGAUAUGAUUGAGCGUGCGAAGAGUUAUUUCUUGGUCUUCAGCACUGUGUCGAGUUGUUUGACAUUCGCCGUGGGCCCGCGCCUCAUCGACACCGAGCACGCCCCCGAUACCGAUGAUGAGGAUAAAGGCAUUCCAGAGAGCCAAGAAGAGCCGGAUAACGACCUUGAGAAUGGUGAAGCCAGCACAUCUAACGAGCGCACCGGCCUCCUUAUACCCACCCCCAAGCGUGACCGCCACGCCAGCGUCACCUCUAUAACCUUCUUCCCCUCAAAGCCCAAGUUCACAACGACUCGAAGGCGCCCAAUGUACAUCCCGCUCCCCUCCUGGUCUUCCCUCGGUCUGCGCACGCAGUGGUGGCUGCUAUUCUUCUACGACUUCCUAAACGCGCCGCUGAUCGGGGCGGUCAUAGGCGCCAUCAUCGGAUUGGCGAGCCCACUGCAUCGCGCAUUCUUUAACGAUACGUAUGAUGGCGGCGUGUUCAGCGCGUGGUUAACCGAGAGCUGGAAGAAUGUCGGACAACUCUUCGUCCCUCUCCCACUUAUCGUAGCCGGGAUAUCGCUCUACACCUCCUACCAAGAGUCCAAGAAAUCAGAAAGCGAAGGACAGGCAACGCGCAUCCCCUGGCUCACAACCUCCUUCAUCCUGCUUGUCCGGUUCAUUAUCUGGCCGGCUAUGUCGAUCUCCGUCAUCUAUGCGAUCGUUAAGAAGGAAGGCAGGGGCGGGCUAUUGGGUAGCGAUCCGAUGCUCUGGUUUACGAUGAUGCUUAUGCCGACGGGGCCGCCGGCUAUGAAGCUCAUCACGAUGGUGCAGAUUAGUGAUGCGGGGCCAGAUGAUGAGAGAAGGAUUGCGAAGAUUCUGACGAUUAGUUAUAUGGUUAGUCCGGUGCUGGCGUUUACCGUUGUGGGGGCUUUGAAGGCGAGCCAGGCGGCUAUAUGAGGGGAGGGAUCGCGAAGGUGUUUCGGAAGGAAUUGUUGUAUUGAAGUCGAGCGAUGUGGAUGGAAAGGAUGGAGAGAAU